UACGAGCAAACUGCAAAACGGCUAUUCCAGCCUGGAAAAGAAGCCAUGCCCAUGAUUCUCUCAAGUCCUCUUCUGUCGAAGCCAUCGUUUCUCUCAUAUUCCAGGGUAGGAAUUUUCUCCACUCAAAAGAAGAAAAAUGCAUUUUGCUGCUUGAGUCACAGCUUGAAAGAUAACGGAGUGCAGAACAGAUAUGUAUCCCAUCAGGAGGGAAACUCAAGUCGUAGGUUUCUUCUUUUCCUUUUGGUCUCAUCAGGCCUGUCUCCAACCUUGUCUUCCUCUGGAAAGACCAAGAGUAAGAACCCCUAUGAUGAAAAACGCUUGCUAGAACAGAAUAAAAGGAGACAGAAAGAGAACAAUGCUCCCGAUGACUUUCCAAAUUUCAUCAGAGAAGGUUUUGAGGUUAAGGUUGUAGCUUCAGAGGAUUAUAAAAAGAGUGAUUCAGGGCUUGUAUACCGGGAUUAUGAAGUUGGUAAAGGUGAUUGCCCAAAGGCUGGUCAACAGGUCACUUUUCACUAUAUUGGUUAUAAUGAGUCAGGCCGGCGCAUUGAUAGCACCUAUAUACAGGGUGCUCCUGCCAGAAUCCGCAUGGGAACUAAUGCAGUGGUUCCAGGAUUUGAGGAAGGAAUUAGGGACAUGAGGCCAGGGGGGAAGAGAAGGAUAAUCAUUCCUCCAGAACUUGGACCACCGGUAGGGCCUUCGACAUUUUUCAGCUCAAAACAGUUCGAAGUUUUUGACAUUGAAUUACUCAGCAUUCAGAACUGUCAAAGGAGAACCAUAGCUUUUUAUUCUGAUUUUGUAUGCAAUUGAGUGAUGGGAAAAUUUUGGAAAAUCAGUCUCUGUUCCUUGUCCUUGAAACGGGCCUCACUUGAAAAGUUGAUUAUGUAAUAUAUCUGAUUCUUUUUCAAGAACUA